CCGCCCCGCCCCGAGCAGAGGGCGCCGCCCCGAGCGGGGUGGACCCUGCCGGGCGGUUGGGCCGGGUGGCGGCGCGCCGCUCCCUCCCGCGCAGUGUGCUCUGGCGAGGCCAGAAAGUCGCUCGCCAUGUCGGCUGCCGAGGCGGGGGGUGUUGUCCACAGAGCCCGGGGCAGGACCCUGGACGCGUUUCCCUCAGAAAAGGAAAGGGAAUGGAAAGGCCCGUUCUACUUCAUCCAAGGGGCAGACCCACAGUUUGGGCUGAUGAAGGCCUGGUCCACUGGGGACUGUGACAGAUGCGGUGACGAGUGGGGACAGGAGAUCCGUCUGACUGAGCAAGCUGUUCAGGCCAUCAACAGGCUGAACCCCAAACCCAAAUUCUUUGUUCUAUGCGGGGACCUCGUCCAUGCCAUGCCAGGGACACCCUGGCGGAAGGAGCAGACGGAGGACCUGCAGCGGGUGCUCAGGGACGUGAACAGCGAGAUCCCGCUAGUCUUCGUUAGUGGCAAUCACGACGUGGGCAAUGUCCCCACCCGGGAGACCAUUGCGGAGUUCCACCAGACUUGGGGAGAUGACUAUUUCAGCUUCUGGGUCGGGGGCGUCCUGUUCCUUGUCCUCAACUCCCAGUUCUUGUACGAUGCCUCCGGGUGCCCUGCCUUGAAGCAGGCCCAGGACCAGUGGCUGGACCAGCAGCUGAGCAUCGCGGGGCAGCGGAAGUGCCAGCACGCCAUCAUCUUCCAGCACAUCCCACUGUUCCUCGAAAGCAUCGACGAGGAUGACGACUACUUCAACCUCCCCAAGUCUGUUCGGAAGGAGAUGGCAGACAAGCUCUCCAAAGCAGGUAUCAAAGCUGUGUUCUCGGGCCACUACCACAGGAAUGCUGGGGGCAUCUACCAGAACCUCGACAUGGUGGUGUCGUCUGCCAUCGGAUGCCAGCUGGGCAAAGACACCCACGGGCUCCGAGUCGUGGUGGUCACCGCCGAGAAGAUUGUUCAUCGGUACUACAGUUUAGAUGAGCUGAGUGAGAAAGGGAUAGAAGAUGACCUGAUGGAUUUGAUGAAGGAAAAAUGAUUGCCAUUUAUGAUCUAUUCACUUCCACUAUUUUUUUAUUUUGCCAGAAACAGCAGCUGCACACAACCACUUAUUGAAUAUAAAAGUAUAGCAGG